AUGGAUUUGAACUUGAUCAGGAGAUUGGUGACGUGUGACAGAAGCAAAGUUACCGCACCAACAGAUCCAGCAACAGAUGCAGGAACAGCUCAAGCUCUCGAUUUAGCCAAAACGCUUUUCAGCUCUGGCGUGAAUAUUCCUGGCCUUGGCUCUGGUGAUAAAAUAUCAGCUGCGAUACUGAUCGACUUCACAAAAUCAGCUCAGAACAAUUGGGAUGCGGAAAUCAGUGUUCUGGUGAAGCUCGCCAAUUCUUUGAAAGAGACAAGGAUAGCAGUUAUAGCAAUCAGCUGUCCUUCGAAGAUCCUCCUUCCAAUGGGAAUCUACAGCGAAAGUGAAAUACGAAGUAAAGUCACUGCACCAACAAAUCCGGCAACCGAGAAAGGGACAGACAAAGCUCUUGAUUUAGCUAAAUCAAUCCUCGAGAGCGAGAUUCCGAGACGAACACUUCUCAUCGUUAUGUCGGAUGGUCAGCCGUCCACGUGCACCGUGGAGAAGCCAUCUCAAAGUGAACUCGAUAUUGCCAAAGAU